AACAGUUUGAGGAGGGGAUGAAGGAGUGAGGGGUGGGAUCAGCGGGGGCAGAAGGUGGGAGGUUGGUGGGGAGCAACUAGAAAAGCCGCUUCUCCGGACGAGCCGGGGUUGGGGGCUGGAGGGUGGUCUUGUAGUCACAGCACCCGAGGUCGUGGAGCGGAGGCAGCGAUGGCCAGAACGGUAACAGCACUAGCAAGCGGGACGGAGCUAGGACCGCUCGGAGAGCCCAGGUCUCGAGGUAGUAUAAGGUUUGCAAUCCUUCCACUUGCUGGCAGUUGCAGAAGAAGAUCUGCUUUUAAGUGAAACGUACUUGCCACCCCUCCUGGAGCCGCGGUUUCCCCGGGCUUGCUUCUUUCCUUCUCCCUCUGCUGGCCCUCGCGCUCACUCUUUAAUUUGUGCGCGCCCCUAAGUUUGCCGAGAGCUCGCUGCCCGCACGGAGCAGGGUCCCGGACGCAAUCCAGAAGCAUCGUGGGCCAUGUAUAUUUCAUCAAAUGGACUUUGGGUGCGUCGCGUCUCGCAGCCAUCAACGCUAUGUGCAGUGACAUUUCUGACUUGAGUGGAGGAAUGCGCGAAGGAAGCCCGGGCGACACUGGUACUAGAGGAUCUUCUUGGCGCCAAUACUAAUUGUCCUGAUUUAUGUCCCCUCUGACUAAGCUCAACGUCUUCAUCUGAAAUAAAAUGAAAGCGGUGCCAAGCGGGGUAGAACCUCCUGGCCGCUGGUUCUGAUCCCCGGGAAUCAGGAAAUCGCCCUGCAGCUAAAAAAAAAAAAAAAAAAGAAAGAAAGAAAGGAAAUAGAAAUAGGGGGAAAAAAAAAUCCCUCAGUAAAAGUUUAAGGCGAGAAGUGGCAGAGGCAGCAGCGCGAGAAGGCGCGGAGCAGAGCCGGCGAGCGGGGGACUGGGCCGGCAAGACCUCCCGAAGGCUGCGAUUUCAUUAUUAAUAACACUAUAUUUUUGGAGGGAGAGGCACCUUUCUCAUCCUCUCUUCCUCUCCGCCCACCCCAUCAUCUACCUGUCAAAGUCACUGAUCUUUUGCAUUUCGGGAGAGGACGUCAACGGGAAGGAAUUCCCCCCUCGGUGCGGGCUCCGAGAGGGGGCGACGCGCAGGAGGCUCCCCCCGGGGGCUGGAGGAAGGUGUUGGUGCCAGAAGAAAAGAAUGAUUGAUGGGAAACAGACACCGGGCUAUCAACACUCAUCCUUUGGCUUCAGAUACUGAUAUCUCGGCGCGUCUAAUCUCCGUUUCUGAGCUGUGAACAUCGAGGAUCACUCAGGGUUAUCAGAUGUAUAAUGGAAGACCCAUCACUUUGCUAAAUUAUUAUCUGCUACUGGACAUCUUUUACAAAAACCAAACUAGACCUGUGUCUGCUGAAUAUGUUCUAGGACAAAGAAAACGCCGCAAGUUGUUGAUGCCUACCACACAAGUAUGUUAGGCUUCCACCAAAGUCCUCGGUAUUUCCGAACACGCACAAUAUCUUAACUCUUCACGUUUGAUUUUGGAGUCUGGUUUGAAGUCUAGCCUUCUUUUUUUUUUUUCUUUGAAUGUAAGACCUACCUACAUAUAGACACAUAUGUAUAUGUAUAUAUAAAACGGACACAGAUCACAGAUAAGCAAACUCUGCUUUAGUGACCACGAAACCUGCAAAGAAUUUAGAGAUGUAUUUGUCAAGAUUCCUGUCAAUUCAUGCCCUUUGGGUUACAGUGUCCUCAGUGAUGCAGCCCUUCCCUUUGGUGUGGGGACAUUAUGAUGUAUGUAAGACUCAGAUCUACACAGAUGAAGGGAAAGUUUGGGAUUACAUGGCCUGUCAGCCGGAAUCCAUGGACAUGACCAAGUAUCUGAAAGUGAAGCUGGAUCCCCCGGAUAUUACCUGUGGAGACCCUCCUGAGACCUUCUGUGCAAUGGGCAACCCCUACAUGUGCAAUAAUGAGUGUGAUGCAAGCACCCCUGAGCUGGCACACCCCCCUGAGCUGAUGUUUGAUUUUGAAGGAAGACAUCCCUCCACAUUCUGGCAGUCUGCUACUUGGAAGGAGUAUCCCAAGCCUCUCCAGGUUAACAUCACGCUGUCUUGGAGCAAAACCAUUGAGCUCACAGACAAUAUAAUUAUUACCUUUGAAUCUGGACGUCCAGACCAAAUGAUCCUGGAGAAAUCUCUCGAUUAUGGACGAACAUGGCAGCCCUAUCAGUAUUACGCUACAGACUGCUUAGAUGCUUUUCACAUGGAUCCUAAAUCUGUGAAGGAUUUAUCACAGCAUACAGUCUUAGAAAUCAUUUGCACAGAAGAGUACUCCACGGGGUAUAUGACAAAUAGCAAAAUCAUCAACUUUGAAAUCAAAGACAGAUUCGCGUUUUUUGCGGGACCUCGGCUACGCAAUAUGGCUUCCCUUUACGGACAGCUGGAUACAACCAAGAAACUCAGAGAUUUCUUUACAGUCACAGACCUGAGGAUAAGGCUUUUGAGACCAGCCAUCGGGGAAAUAUUUGUAGAUGAGCAACACUUGGCACGCUACUUUUAUGCCAUCUCAGACAUAAAGGUACAAGGAAGGUGCAAGUGUAAUCUCCAUGCUACUGUGUGUGUGUAUGACAACAGCAAAUUGACAUGUGAAUGUGAGCACAACACGACAGGCCCAGACUGUGGGAAGUGCAAGAAGAACUAUCAGGGCCGGCCUUGGAGUCCGGGCUCCUAUCUCCCCAUCCCCAAAGGCACUGCAAAUACCUGUAUCCCCAGUAUUUCCAGUAUUGGUAAUUGUGAAUGCUUCGGCCACUCCAAUCGAUGCAGUUAUAUCGAUCUGCUAAAUACAGUCAUUUGCGUGAGCUGUAAACACAACACUAGAGGGCAGCACUGUGAGUUAUGCAGGCUGGGCUACUUCAGAAAUGCUUCUGCACAGCUGGACGAUGAGAAUGUGUGCAUAGAGUGUUAUUGUAACCCUUUGGGCUCAAUCCAUGACCGUUGUAAUGGCUCAGGAUUUUGUGAGUGUAAGACUGGAACGACAGGGCCUAAGUGUGAUGAGUGUCUGCCGGGAAAUUCCUGGCACUACGGCUGUCAACCCAACGUCUGCGACAACGAGCUCCUGCACUGCCAGAACGGAGGGACGUGCCACAACAACAUACGCUGCCAGUGCCCGGAGGCGUACACCGGCAUCCUGUGUGAGAAGCUGCGGUGCGAGGAGGCGGGCAGCUGCGGCGACAGCUCCGGCCAGGGCGCGCCCCGGGAGGGCUCCCCGGCGCUGCUGCUCCUGCUGCUGCUGGCCGCUGUGCUGGGGACAACCAGCCCCCUGGCGUUCUAG